CUCUCUUGAUAUUAAAUUUUUCUGUGAACUAUAAUACGAUCUCUUCGAUUUCUUACAUGAUAUUUUUGCAUAAUUCUAGGGUUUUAUAUAUUUCACAUUGAAAAGGCUUGAUUCUCAAGUACUUUCUUCGGAUUUCUUGGUCACACUUGCACACAAAGGUUUUGGGUAUCGCCGGAAAAUGGGUUUCAUUCGACCGCCGGCGGUGAGAAGCGGAGACUAUCUCGACGGAAUAUUCGGCGGAGACUUCUCCGUCGCCGUUAAACCAAAGCCAAAGACUCAUCAGAAGCUGAUGACUUCGACGAAGUUCGUGACAGCGUUAACGUGUCUCCAGAUCGCCUUCGCCGUCUACGCCACCGUCCUCCUCUACUACAUGGGCCCCACCGUCGAUCUACGUAGCAAGCCGGAUUUCACUUGGGCUACGAAAUGGGCCCACAACAUGAGAAAUUAUAUUGUCACCCCUCACGUCGUGGCCCAUCUCCAGGACUCGGCUUCUCUCGCGAGAUCCGAGAUCUCGAGUUUUCCGGAGAAAAUAUCGCCGGCGGAUGUAUGCGAGUACGAGAAGAUCGAUUUCUCGCAGAAGAAGUCGAACGACGAGCAGAUGAUAAAGCUGAAGCGGGGGUUAUACGACGACGUUUUGGGAUUCCAGAGGAAGACGUUUGGGCCUGAGAGCUUGGAGGAGCUUAUGAAGAUGAAAUCUAGAUGGGCCUUAAAUGGGUCUAAUAGGCCCAAAAUAACGGUUAUACUGAACCACUUCAAGAGGAAGACGCUUUGUGCACAACUCGACUCGCUCCUCCAUCAAACGCUGCCGUUUCACCAUGUCUGGGUUCUCUCCUUCGGGAGCCCUAACGAAGCGAAUCUCCGGCGAAUCUCCGAGAGCUACAACGAUUCUCGGAUCAGCUUCAUCAGCUCGAGUUACGAUUUCAAAUACUAUGGAAGAUUCCAGAUCGCGCUUCAGACGGAGGCCGAUUUGGUGUACAUCCUCGACGAUGACAUGAUUCCGGGGAGGAAGAUGCUUCAGAUCCUCGCGCAUGUUGCCGGGACGGAGAAGUAUGAGAACGCUGUUUUGGGAAGUAUUGGUCGGAUCCUUCCGUUCCGUCAGAAAGAUUUCACGUUCCCGAGCUACAGAAAGUUCCGAUCGAAGGAAGCGGGACUUUACUUGCCUGAUCCGGCGUACGAUAUCACCGUUGAUCGGAUCGUUCAGGUGGAUUUUCUUUCUAGUUCAUGGUUCCUGUCGGCGGAGCUCGUGAAGGCUCUGUUCAUCGAGACGCCGUUCACAUUCGCCACCGGCGAAGAUCUGCACCUAAGCUAUCAGCUUCAGAAGUACAGAAAUGCUUGUUCUUUUGUUCUACCAGUUGAUCCUAAUGACAAGGAAACAUGGGGAGACAGUGAGCACAGGCUUGCAUAUGUCUCGGAAACCACGGUGAUCUUCAAAAACGUCGUCGAAGUCAGAGAUAACCAGUGGUGGAAAGCACUGUCUACAGGCUACAUUACUCAAUGGGCUGCAAUGUACCCACAAAAGAUCGAUGCUCUCUUCUACGCACAUUCAGUCGAUGAAGUUAAAGCUCUUGCUCCGCUGCUCGAAAAGUUCCGAACUACUGUUGGCAAGAAGGCCUACAUUGCGGUAUCGGGUGGGAAAUUCUGUCCGUGCGAGGAUGCUGCCUCGGCUUUGAAUUGGCCCAAGGUUGUCUGCAAGGAGAGAAGAUUCAAGAUAUUUGAUUUGGAUGUCGGAGCUAUUCUGGGUGUGUCGAACUCAGAGGUACCUGUUGUGCAAGCAGUGUAUUCGAGCAUGAAAGGACUGAUUAAGAUUCACAAUCCAAGCGUCGUGAUUACUGUGGCUGAUGCCGACCCUAACGUGAAGAAAGCUUUGAGAAUGGCAACCGAAACUAAUCCAAAUGGCACCGCUCUUGUUCUUCUCCCAAGACCUUCUGUCCCGAAGGUUCUCUGGAUGGCUGAUCUCAGAUCAACAGCAUUGCCAAACUGGAAUAAGAUGAGAAUCUCAGUCAACAUCAUCACCCAAAACCGAGCAAAAUCUUUACAAAGGCUGCUUAAUUCCUUGACCAGUGCUUACUACCUCAGCGAUGAAGUACCCAUCAGCUUCAACAUGGACAGCAAAGUGGAUGAAGAGACGAUAAAGCUCGUGGGCUCGUUCGAAUGGCCUCACGGACCGAAAACCCUAAGAAGAAGAAUCAUCCAAGGAGGAUUGAUCCGAGCAGUAAGCGAAAGUUGGUACCCUGCUUCCGAUGACGAUUUCGGUCUUCUGCUCGAAGAUGAUAUUGAAGUCUCGCCUUAUUACUACCUCUGGAUCAAGUACUCCUUACUGGCUUACCACUACGACCCGCAAAUCUCGUUUCCCGAACUCUCGUCCAUCUCAUUAUAUACCCCGAAGAUCGUGGAAGUUGUUAAAGAGAGACCGAAAUGGAACCCGACGGAAUUCUUCAAGCGGAUCCAUCCACACACACCGUACCUUCACCAACUACCCUGCAGCUGGGGAGCCGUCUUCUUCCCGAAGCAAUGGCGAGAAUUCUACGUGUAUAUGAACAUGAGAUUUACGGAGGAUGCAAAAGCAAACCCGGUUCAGAUCCCGAAAUCCAGAACAAACGGGUGGCAAGCUUCGUGGAAGAAGUUCCUCAUCGACAUGAUGUACUUAAGAGGAUAUGUCAGUCUCUACCCGAAUUUCCCUAACCAGGCAAGCUUCUCGACCAACCAUAUGGAACCAGGAGCUCACAUCUCGGCCAAAGACAACGUUGUUAGACACGACAAGACGGAUUUCGAAGUUCCAUUACUUGCGGAAGAUUUCAGAAACUUCUUACCGAACCAGAAACUCCCUCCGGCUUCGAAGUUACCUUCUUUGAACCUCUUCAACCAACCGGUUUCGCUUAAAGGUUUGAAAGCCGCAGGUGCAAAGCUAGGCCAAGACGUUCUUCGUUGCGAUAAUGCCACGGAGAUUGUCGCCGUGGACCAUCAUUCGGGUUUACCGUCUCGAUGCUCGAAAUUCUGAAGAUCGAAACGAAACGAAACGAAACAAUCGAUGAUUGUUUCCGGGUUUUCGGUUUUUGGAUUGGUUAUUGCUGAUUCUUUGUUUCUUUUUUCUUUCUUUUUGUAACAGAAUAGUAUUUGGUGAACACUGCACCGGAAGGAAUUAACAAUCAAAGAGGAAUGAACCUUUUGGAUGGGACAAAGGUUUGUGCCGAUGGUUCUUCCUUUGUGUAAAGAUUAAAUGAUUAAAAUAAAGCAAUUAUCAAA